UGAUAUAUCUCUUGCCGUGCGAGAGUGAUGGUGGGGGGGUUCGUCCAUGCCACUUGUGAUGAACUCGUAAACCCGUUAUAUAGAAAACAAGUUUCACGCGAUUAAGUUCGCGUUAACAUGGGCGGCAUAUGGAGCAGGCAGAACGUCCGGGUCGAAGAGGUGGACUUUGCCGCCAACUGUGCAUAUAGGUAUCCGCCGAAAACUGGCAACUACUUCGCGAGCCACUUCAUCAUGGGCGGGGAACGGUUCGACGCCAAUCAGCCUGAGGCGUACCUGUUCGGCGAGAACACCGACCUGAACUUUCUCGGAGGCAAGCCAACGCCCUUCCCGUACCCAGCGCCGCAGGCCAACGAGCCCACGAGGCCUCUACGAAGUCUCGUCAACAUUCGGAAGGAAUCGUUGCGCUUUGUCAGAAUCCAAGAUGAGUCGAAGGCGGACGACGAAGUGACGGACGCGGUCCCGCCGUGCCGGUACAACAUCGAGUUCACGUUCGACACGGACGUUCGGUGUGCCAUCACCAUCCACUACUUCUGCACGGAGGAAAUCACCAGCAAUGGACUAAUUUAUAGCCCGAGAAACGCGGAGAUGAGCUCGGAGACAUACCAUUACAAGCGCGGUGCCAAUCAACAGUUCAGCCAGUCGUCCCACAUUUUUGAUCCAAGUCUUUACUGUGAGGAGGAGCUGACUUACAACUUCGAGGAUGAAAUUCUGCCAGUUGUGAUCCACUGCCUGGCGGAGGAAGGAGAUGAGCCGCGGCAGUCGCACGUGUUGGUCGCCGUGGUGGAGAAGAACUCUGACAACACGUACACGCUCAAGCCACUCAAGCAGAAGCUCUUCGUCGACGGCCUCUGCUAUCUGCUGCAGGAAAUAUACGGCAUCGAGAACAAGAAUGUGGCCCAGACCAAGCCCCCGACCGGGGACGAGGAGACGGAGGACAGUGGUGCGGAGUGCGUCAUCUGCAUGUGCGACAGUCGGGACACCCUGAUCCUGCCGUGCCGGCACCUGUGCCUGUGCUCGUGCUGUGCCGACUCGCUGCGCUACCAGGCCAACAACUGCCCCAUCUGCCGUGCACCCUUCCGCGCCCUGCUCCAGGUGCGUGCGGUGCGCCGCACGCUAUCCUCGGCCGUUGCCGUGCCGCACCUCGGGGGCUCAGCCGGAGACGCCCAGACCUGCCAAGACAUUCCUCCAGGUUACGAAGUUGUGCCGCUGGUGGAGGCCCUCAAUGGACCAGUUGUAAGCUCUGCACCGGCCGCCGCAAUGCACCUGACGGUAGGCCUGCCACCCGAAGCUGGAACACCCGAGGGGCCGGCAGCAGCCAAGCCUCGAAGGAGUGGAAGGCGGCGCUCAGGCAGCACUUCGUCGUUGCAGACGGACAGCGCCGGAGCUGUGGCUCCUCCAGAGGUGGUGGUGGCAGCAGUCGUUUCGUCGGACCCCGAGAAGGGACGCGCGGUGUCCCCGCUUGGUCCGGACGUCCGCUGGCACCGGCGGAGUUCCUCCCGUGCAGCGCCGGAGCAAGUUCGUCUGCUGUCCGAGUCAUCAGAGGGCUCUGCUAGUCGUCGGAAGGAGAACCUCUUGUUGGGCAAGCUGGUCAGACAGGAGAGAAGACGAAUUCAGGCGCACCACGAACACAGGCGAACACAGUUGCGGGGUCGAGAGGCAGAAGCAGCGGAGACACGCUCGCUGCUCGAAGGAAACGGAGGCGGCGAGUCUCGGAGCCAGGCGGCGACUUCACCAUCGGCGCACGGAAAGGUGUCUGCUUCGACGCCGCACUCGCUACACCUUUGCCAGGCCAGGCCAGACAAAGAGAACAAGGCUACAGACACUUCGCCAGGAGCAGAGGACUCUGACUACUACACCCCCGAAGACCCAGCCGUGCAGGAGGGUGGUCACUUCCUGGUCGACCAAGGGACCGACACCAGCUUAGACACACCGCUAGCAGAGACGCCCAGCGCCGACAGCUCGUCGGGAACGGUUGUGCCGACGCCGUCGAGCGGCAGCAGCAGUGCCAAGAACUCGCCGGACGCCAUGGCGCUGCGCCGGCGGCGAGCCUUCGACGAUCGUUGCUCCCCAGUACAUGAAGAGGAGCGCCCCAUCGAGCUGGUGGAGGUCAAGAAGGCCACCACGCCGCUGGCACCCACGGGGACCACCACAUUCGAGGCACGCACCCAGACGACAUCGCCCUCCCGUCCUUCCGCCAGCAGCAGCGUCGGCCACGCUGAGACUAGCAUCUCUCUGCCCGGCACUCCUGCUAGCAAUGCAAGCAAUCGCAGCAGCGGCGACAGCUGCAGCAGUGGUUCGAGCACACGCCUGCUGCUGUCUGGACGACACACCUCCUCUCAACCUCCAAGCAAAACCACAGGUGGCAGUGUGGACUGAUGACAACUGCGUGGAAAGAAAAGAAAGAAGAAAAAAAAACAGAAGACAAACGAAAGUCAUAGAAAAACAAAAGAGAAUGGAAAAGGAAAGAGAAGUUCCGAGUUCCGCCGAGGGCAAGCCAGAUCUGCGGGUUCGCAUUGCUGGAGGAAAAGGAGAUGUGCCGUCAUGUGCACGGGUUGCCAAUUGCCAACACUUGCCUUGCCAAGAAGUACUUCAAGAAGUGCUUCUUGCCUUUGCCGAGAAGUACCAGUAGUUCUCACACAACUCGUGAGGAGGCGGGCCGUAUACCUUCGAGGUGCACCACUUGCGUUGCGCGCCACAUAGUGCCAAGCCUACUGUAGGCUUGGUACGUUAGACUUGCACGCUAAGCCUAAGGAGGGAGAAAAUUGCGGUCGUGAAAUUCAGGCCAUUGGAAGAGGAGUGCAAGGCUGGGCACCAUGCUUUUACGGGAGUUCCCUCUCUGUGAAGCAUGCAUAGGAAAUGGGCUUGGCUCUGUGUUUUGGUGCAUUCAUUGUCACCUUUGGCUUUUAAUUUUGAUCGCAACUGCCAUCAUCAUCGUAGGCUAUGGGAGGUGAAGGGAAGGGUCGGUGUGAGGUGCAACUCUGCGUGAGUUCGAAAUAUUUCUCAGCGGAGUGGCUGGGGCAGAAGCGUAACGAGGUGCUUUUUCAUGAUUAAUUGCCUUUGGCAAUUAAGACAUAUCAAUUGGGGCCAUUACCUACUGCUGAGGUAGAAUAUGUGACUGGUGACUGGUCUUGGUAAAAUGUACAUAGCUGGUCUUUCUGCACAGCUUGCCUGGAAAGGUGUAGCUAAAUGAUUUUGCUUGCUUGUAAUAUGUGGCUGUAGGUCAAGCAGGGAUCUGGAAUGAAAUGCAGCUAGCAUUGUGAUUGUUUUAUACUGUGUUCAAGACGUUUGAAACCGUA